CGGCAACAUGUGAUGAUGAAGGUGUGUUUACUAUUAUAGUGCCAAAUUCGGAACAUAAUCAUGACAUUAGUCCAUCAAAGUCACGGAUGUGGCGUUGUAACAGGAAGUUGCCUGACCACAUAAAAAGAAGGCUCGAGAUGAAUGAUACAGCAGGAAUCCCCCUUCACAAGAGCUUUAACUCAGCAGUGGUUGAAGCAGGAGGUGACCUUGAUGACGACUCAAAGUUAAAAAACCUAUUUUGGGCAGAAAAGAGGUCUCGUCUUGCAUACAAGUACUGCGGAGACAUUGUGACAUUCGAUACGAUAUACCUCACAAACAAGAACAAGGUUAAGUUCCUACCCGAUCAGUAUAUAUUGGAUAGAUGGCGCCGAGAUGUGUGUCGAACGUACACGCGAGUUCCAAUUGAUUAUGAUGGCUUGUCAUGUAGCCCAGAACAGACACGUUAUGAUAUUAUGUGUACUCAAUUUCAAGAAUUGGCAAACUUGGUGGCGGAUGAUGAAGAGCAUAGCAAUGAGGAAACAGAAUGGAUUCGCGACAAGGUGCUUCUAUCUCGGUCAUGGAAGGCAAAAAACACCUGCCUGAUGGAUGUAAUUAUAGAUGAUCCCAAUUUGCCAACCAUCAUUGACCCCGCAUGUUCCAAGCGGAAGGGCGCCCCUCAUAAACUUCGAUUAAAGUCAACAGUGGAGAAAAAAUCUCAGAAACGAAAGAUCAACAAAAAAGGGAAAGGCAACGGAGCAAAAGAACUUCCAAGUCAACAUUCAAGUGAGGCAUCACCUCAUGUUCUAGUGGCACCACAAGCGUGGGAUGUCUCAGCCACAUCAAUGGAAGAGGGAAAAAACCUGGAGAACUACAUUGUCCAAAGACUCCUAGAUGAGCUCAGAACCUAUGAGCACGAGCUGGAGAAGAAGAAGGAGGAGGAACAAGUCACCCCUUACCCCACGGCACUGAUGACAAAUCCCAGAGUCACAAUAAGCGAAGGGACAUGUCCAAGGAGCUGUGAUACUCCUUCCACCAACCAGCCACCAAGCUCAAGGACGGAGAACUACGAAGAGGAAUUCGCUAUGAUGGUUAAGCAAUUCCGGAAAUUCAAGAAGUUCUUCAAGAAAACUGACUCCACCAGAAGACCAUCCAGGGGAAUGCUACAGGUAAGUAACUCUCCCCCCGAAUCUCAUUUGUGCUAUAAGCGCAGGAAGCCUGGUCAUUGGAAGUCAGCAUGCCCGUACCCAAAAGUGGAGAAGUACGGAGAAGGAGAAAGGAACGAGAAGAAGAAGAAGGCAAUGGUAGCGGCUGAGAGUGACGAGUCAUCCAGUUCCAGCUCGAAUGAGGAAGCCCUCGUCUGCAUGGAGCGCAUAACUGAGAAGUCCAACCAUGAAGAUCGUUGGACAAUGUCAGAAGAUGACACUCUCUGCCUAAUGGCCAAAGACGAUGCUGAUCAAGAGGUAACAUCACAAACCUCAUGCUCAUCUUCUUAUGAAGACUUACUCACUUCUGAGAGUCUUUUUGACAAGUUCAAAAAAAUUAUGGAAGAUUUUGAGGAAAUAAAUUUCAAACAUUCAUCCUUUAAAGAGGAGAACAAGUUGUUGAGUGAUGAGAAUCUCACGUUGACUAAAGGUCGGAAGAGUCAGCUCAUUGAGAUCACUCAACUCAAGAAUGGUCGUGAAGGACUUGGGUUUGACCCCUCCAAUUCCAAAAGGAAAGGGAGAACAACGUUCAUUCCUCCCAAACCUACUGCCAAACACAAUAAGCAGAAAGGUAAGGAGAAGGAAAAAGCCAAAAGAAGUUUCCAAAAAGGUUAUUCCCCGGAAUUCUGCAAGGAUAUGGCAUCCCUCAAAAGCAUCUCCCCAAAUGAAGUCAUUCUUACUGGGAAGAGAAUCAGAAACAUCUACGAAGUUAUGUGGGAGAAUGUCAAGGAGGCCUGCCUAAUCGGCAAAGGAGUAUCUGUGUGCGGCGGAAAAGAGAGGAAGAGAAAGCAGAACAGAGCCGGAGCACGCCGCUGGUCGCCGCCUGUCCCAAAGCCGCUGGUUGCGCUGCGGACCACAAUUUCUCCACCAUUUGAUUCGCUGACUUGUUUUGUUUAAUUCGUCAAUUAAUCGAGGUAAUAAGAAUGAUGAAUAAGG